AUUUCGUUUACGGUGGUGAAAGAUGCAGAAUUGCAUAAGAGUAUGCUGCAGUCAUCAUGGAGCAGUUCUAUGGUAUCAUCAGAAGCGUGGAUUCGAACAACAAGGAGUUAUCUAUUGCUAUUCGUGGAUAUGGACUGUUCGCGGGGCCUUGCAAGGUUAUAAAUGCAAAAGAUGUUGACUUCAUGUAUGUUGAGCUCAUUCAGCGCUGCAAAGAGAUGUUCCUCACCCAGACAGACACUGUUGAUGAUCACGUCUACCAGGUGCCAAGUUUCCUCCAGUCUAUUGCAAGUGUCUUGCUUUACCUUGACACAGUUCCUGAGGUAUACACUCCAGUUCUGGAGCAUCUCAUGGUGGCUCAAAUAGACAGCUUCCCACAAUACAGUCCCAAAAUGCAGUUGGUGUGCUGCAAAGCGAUAGUGAAAGUUUUCCUAGCCUUAGCAGAAAAAGGACCAGUUCUCUGGAAUUGCAUUAGUACUGUGGUGCAUCAAGGGUUAAUUAGAAUAUGUUCUAAACCAGUGGUCCUUCAAAAGGAUGUAGAGUCUGAAGAGCACCGUGCCUCAAGAGAAGUUAGAGCUCGCAAGUGGAAAGCACCCACCUACAAAGACUACGUGGAUCUUUUUCGACAUCUCUUGAGCUGUGACCAGAUGAUGGUGGUGGUUCUAGCCUAUAAUCACAAUACUUGGGAGGCAGAGACAGGAAGAUUGCCAUGAGUUCCAAGGCAACUUCGGCUACAUAACAAGUUCAAGGCCACCUUUGGCUCCAGUGUGCAAACCCUGUCUCAAAAAACUUAAAAAAGCCAACAAACCCUUCCCACCUUGUGUUUUGUGUCUGUCCCAUCCUUUCUGGCUUCCUGUGAGUUCUUUGGUUUGCUUCUUCUGGUCACAUUAUUCUUAAAAUAUAAGCUCUUGAGGACUCAACUGUGCCUUUCUCGCUUCUGCCUUCAUUAUAAAUCAAUUCUGGAUAAAGUCAUUGGAAAAGUUAUUAGUUGAAUGAUGUGUGAUUGAACAGUGCACUUUUGGUUUGGGAUGGAAGUGAUGACAGGAUGGAAGUGUCACUGGUGUUUUGGUGAUCCCAACUUCAGAUCCAGCUGCUAAUUUGCAUCCUGUUAAACCUAA